AUGCUUUUCCCUUCCUUUUUCCUGACUCUCACACCCAGACACUCCAUCAAAACUCCUCUCUCACUCAAUCUAAAGUCCCUCGAACCUUUUAGCCUCGCCUUCGCCUACCUCCCUUUCAAAAUGAGAACCUCUAUUCUCUUCUCUAUUGCUGCUAGCCUUCUAGGGGCAAGUGCACAAGCCGUGGAAGCUCCUAUUAAGGGGUACGGAGUUGAACCCUUUUCCUGGGAGGUCAAGGCUACCGCUAAUGGGCCUCCCCUGACCCUGAACGGUACUGUCGAGGAGGUCCAUUCCCAGCUCCUCAAGAUCAACCCCAACUAUGAUAUCGAAAUGGCCACCUCUGGGCGCAAAAGGGAGCACGCCAGAGAUAUUCACGGGCUAUUUAAGCGUGACAACGUUAUCUGCGGCAGACAGCGGGAAUGCUCCCGUAAACGCAUCGAGGAAGGCAUUGCCUACCUCUAUCGUGUACCAGGUCGCCCUACAAACGGCCCCGGACCUGGAAACUGCGGCAGAGUCAGCUGCUCCUAUGACUCUGCUAUUUGGUGGUGCAACGACAAUACGUUUACAAAGGUUCUCCCUGGGUUCUACAACGUCGCCGAGGGUGCCCAGUUGAUUCUCAACACUUGCAACCCUGGUGGCUCAUAUGUUUCCGGUCAAGACUUCCAUGAUGACAAGUGGAACGUUAUUGUGCAGUAUACCCAGUGCUAA